AUGACCGAUACAACUGAAAUUCCCACUUCACGGCACAAGCCGGUCUCAAAUGCAGGCCCCGAUGCCACCGCCGAACCCAACGCCCCGCGCAAAGAUGCCAACACGCAGACACUAGAGGAACUUGCGCGUCAAAAUGUUGCGCCAUUCCUUGCCAGACACCAGCCAAGGCAGUAUGCGCCCCUGCGCUCGCAGGUUUCGAACCCGUCCGAGCAACGUCCCGUCAACGCCAGCUACUGCUACCGCCACCAGCCAGACUCCAAGUGUGGCAGGCGACAAGCGGACGAGCAGUCCAUGACCCAACUACAAUCUGAACUGAACGGUCUUGCCCAGGAGGACCAAAAGGCCAUUUCUCUUGUGUGGUCGCUAUUCUCCGCCGCCCCGGCCAAGCAGCGCACAUUAAUGCUGCAAGGAAUUCUGGCGCAGUGCUGCUUCCCUCAACUCUCCUACAUUUCUGCCAGCGUCCGCGAACUGAUCCGAAUCGACUUUCUUGCUGCGCUCCCCCCUGAGCUUUCCUUCAAGAUCUUGCGAUACCUGGACACGGCUUCGCUCUGCCGGGCUGCGCAGGUCUCCCCGCGCUGGAAGGCCCUUGCGGACGACGACGUAGUUUGGCACAGGAUGUGUGAGCAGCAUAUUCGUCGGAAGUGUAACAAGUGUGGUUGGGGUCUUCCUCUUCUGGAUCGUAAGCGUCUGCGCGAAGCGAAGCGUGAAAUCGAACUGCGCGCUACCAACUGGGGUCACAGCAAGCCCUCUGGGGAAUCUGCCGAGGCCGCCGUCGCAGAGCCUUGUUCCAUCGCCGCACCCGAUGGUAAUGGAAAGCGCAAGGUCGACGCCGAGGACGACGAAGGGACGCUUGUCAAGCGCCACUGUGCUUCACCACCUCAGUCUUCUGAAGAAACGUUUAUCGGGAUCGGUUUGUCGUCGGUAUGA